AUGUCUCGCUUCUUGGCUGGAACCCUCUCCGCCAUUUCUGGCAUCGUCAUUCUAGGAUCGUUGGUCGUCGCUGGUGUACUCUUCAAUGACAUCAACUCCUUGUAUUUUGAUGUUAUGGAUGAUAUGCAUGAGUUUAAGCUCCUCGCCGAUGACGCCUGGAACAAGAUGAUCACCGUCCAACAAAACGCGCCAGGAAACAAUUUGGAGGACUUGUUCAGACGUGGAAAAAGACAGGCCGGCGGAUCAUGCAACUGCGGACCACAGCCAAGCAACUGCCCAGCUGGACCAGCCGGACCACCAGGAGAGCCAGGACAGCCAGGAGACGACGGAGCACCAGGACAAGCCGGAGGCAACGGACACGACGGUAUCCCAUCGCCAAUCGACCCAUACGCACAACACGAAUGCAUCAAGUGUCCAGCCGGUGCUCCAGGACCACAGGGACCAGACGGUGAGGCCGGACCAGCCGGACCAGACGGACAACCAGGACAAGACGGCUCUCGUGGAAAUGACGGAGCUCCAGGAGCACCAGGAGCCCAAGGAGACGCCGGAGCCGCAGGACAAGACGGAGAAGCAGGAGCACCAGGACCAGCUGGAAAGAACGGACAACGCGGUGCAGGCGCGCCAGGACCACAAGGACCAGAAGGACCAGCUGGAGCACCAGGACAAGACGGAGCACCAGGAGAGGAUGGAGCUCCAGGACAUGCUGGAUCCGAGGGUAUCGCAGGAGCACCUGGAAAAGAUGGAGAGGCCGGACCAGAUGGUGUCGCUGGAGAGAAUGGAAUCGAAGGAGCACCUGGCACUGACGCCGCCUACUGUCCAUGCCCACCAAGAACUGUCGGAUACGGAGAGGUCGAGCAACCACAGGCCGAGCAGAGCGGAUAUAGAAGACGUGCUGCUAGACGAUUGUAG